UGUUAUUAGUUGAUUUAUUUAAAUGGAAUAUUUAGAGGCGGAUACUUAAAUGUAAAAAAGGAACUUCCAGGAUUUUCCCAUCUUCAACACGCAAGUCUACAGGGAAAUGGUGUCGCCUAUAAAACGAGUGAACAGAGAUGAACACACCUAGCACACCCAACACCGCUGUACAAGUGACAUCAUAUAGUCCACUGAGUACCACCCGACUUCCUGCAAUGAAUACGAUUCUGGUUUUACUCAUCGUGCUGUUUGCAUGUUUGACCGAAGGGAAUAUUACCAAGGGAGGUCAUUGUUACGGCGACAAUGACUUGCAAAAGUGCAAACACUUUGUUGGAAAACAUGCAUGGAAUAAUUACCCAUCAUUUUACAUGGUGAAGGAGCUAGAACAACUCGAGAGCAGAGGGAACAGGCAAAGACGGCACAUCAGACACAGCUGCCCCAAUCUUGUUGCCAGUAUUGAGCAGGUGACAGAGGAUCACAGCAGUCGCUCUAUCUCCCCCUGGCGUUACACGAUUGAUGUGGACGAAAACAGGUUACCGAUGAAACUCGCCUUUGCUGAGUGCUUGUGCUCGGGGUGCAUUGACGUCAGGACUGGGAGAGAGACCGACACCGUCAACUCUGUUACAGUGAACCAGACCAUGAUGGUACUUCGUCGGAAGCAGUGCGCAGACCAGAAGACAUACGCUUUCCACGUGGAAUAUAUCAAGGUCCCGGUGGCAUGCACCUGUGUGAUUCCAAAAAGCCAUUACUAAAUGCCUCUUGUAGAGGUAUUUGGCAUUAAAAUCAGUCGUAGUGGCAUGUAUCACGUAACUGAAAAGUUGUGUUUGUUAUAAAACGCGCUUUGUUUUAAUGGGUCACAUUAACCCAAAACAAUACUAUAUUAUUAAUCAAACAUGUUUUUACAUGACAAUGUACUGUUAUUACACGCAGUGUAUUUUGAAUUUGAUAUUUAAAUCAGUGAUUAUAUUUAUUUCGAUUUAAUUAAAAUUAUGUAUAAUUAUGUAGUUUGAAAUGCAAUAUUUUAAAAUGCCUAAUGUAGUUAGAAGUUUUAUAAACUACUAUUGGAAGCAGCUUGUGUGAGGCGUUUUUGUUUUGUUAUUAAUAUUCAAGUGUAUUAUUUAUUUGAGUGAUAUUUAUUUCAAUAUUGAUGCUGUUUCAUUUAUUUGAAAUGUUUUAUGUUAUUUGUUAAAAGCACAAAAUAGGCUCCACAGCCUUGUGAAAGUAGUUAGACAUUAUUAAAUUCUCUAGUAUGGUCCUUCAGAGAAGGUCUGUUUAUUUUAAUGAAGUGAAGUGCAGUCAGAAGGCUGAACUUUGAAUGUGUAAAGCAGUUUACCACUGAUGAUAUUUUAGUAUAAAAUUGAACAUCAAAGUGGGACACUGUAGGUUUAAAUUAUUUAUUUAAUUAUUUAAAACAAAUCGUUAUUUAUUGCAAAACAUUUGUUUGUAUGUACUGAAUAUUUAUUGUAUUAAAGAAGAGAUGAACAGCGCUCUUGUGGUUCAUAUCACAGAACCGCUCUGAAAUUAUUUCCUUGUAAUUCUGAACGUUUGACUUGUGUUGUAUUCUGCCUAUUUAAAUA